AUGAAACCCAUCAUCAUAAUACUUGUGCUCUUGGCUUUUGCCAUGUUCACAGAGGCGUAUGUUGUGUCAACCGGUACCAAGAACCUCGACUUGGAUAAAGAUCAGACAGCACAGAACGCCUCGGCUUCCACAGCACAACUCCAGCUCAAUAUCGACCCUGACAUAACCAAUCCAAAUUGCAGUGGAAUAUAUCCUGCCAACCUCAAUGUCAAAUACGCACCUGAUCCAUUCUACCUGUCGGACGCAUGCCGGGACGUGCUGACUUGGCUUGGGGGAAACGAUGGCAAACAGAAUGUCGAUAUCGUUUGGACAUGCCCGGGUCAAAAGACAGCUGGUACGGGUGACCGCAACACCUAUGUCAUCCUGAAUACUGCAUCCAACAUCGUUUUCUCAGGAAGUGGUGGUAAUCAACAGGUCGGCGCAUACAUGGAGAUACACAGGUUGUCCGAUGGAUUCUUUGCCACUGCAGCUGUUUAUCUCCAGGCCAAAACAGACCCUGCCGAUAACAGAGCCACGUUUCAGUUCAUCUUCUGCUGA